AUGGCUUUGGUCAAGCUCAAGUUUUUCCUAGGCUCGAUAUUUGUAGCUGCCUUUACGCCACCGAAAAUCUACACUGGAACCUUUCUCCACUCCGACUCCGGUUUCCAUCCCUAUCUGACCAACGACUUGCCAGAAUUCUUUUUCCAGCGCUCGGGCUCAAACCAAACAGAACAGCGAACAAACGAGCGGCGACCUGGAAACUGCGGGGAUAUACCGCUGCCUGAAAACGGAUAUCUCGGAAGCUGCUCAAAAGAUAUAUCGGAAUUAUGGGCAACGUGCGCGAUUCACUGUAAUUCCGGACUGUAUCAAACGACUCGAACUAACAAUCGGCCAUUCAAAGUGCGCUGUACUCCUCAAGGAUGGCAAAGAGUCGACUUAGAAAAAGAUAGUACGGAAUUCGUCUGCCGAGGCCCCUGUCCUGCAGGAAUCGAUCAAUCAGGAGUGCCGGUUCAAAAGCGCGUGUCAGUAUUGAAACAGCUUGGCUACAGUGAACCUGCCGCUGACCGCUCGCUUAUCUUGCUCAAAGGGCUUGUAAAAACUGCUUAUACAGGAGCAACAGGUUGGUACGCCGCUUUCAACUUUCACAACCAGCUUCCGGAAAACGUGAGCUUUCAAUCGGAAGAUGUCCGCGUAGCGCACAUUUCGCUCGAUCGCCAUUUUGUCGUGUUUGAAGCUAAACCGGGGCGAUUGGAAGCUGUCAACGGGACGACGAAAAAUGUGCAGAUUUUUAAAGUUCAAGUUUCGGGAAUCUCGCAGUCCUCCCACGUCUCUGAGCCCGGAUUAAUCGACACUUUCUUUAUCCCACAUGAGAACAUUCCAACCGGUCAAUGGACUCAGGGCGCGAACAUGGAAUGCCACAAGUCAGCUCGAUUAUGCCUCCGCUCUGACUCAGAGCCUCUGAGCAGAAACAUCUUUUUCUACGAAGCGCAAAUGUCCGGCGAGCUUCCUUCUUGGCAUCGCGUCAGCUGGCGAGGCGAUUCUGGGCUCUUGGACGGCUGUGAUGUAGGCAGAGAUCUAACCGGUGGAUUUUACGAUGCAGGAGAUUACGUCAAGUUCAACUUUCCGAUGGCAUUUACUCUUCAUGUUCUCGCUUGGGGACUGGACACUUUCAAAGCUGGUUACAUUGCUGCUGGCGAGUACGAAAACGCUAAGAGAAUCGUCAAACACGGCUUAGACUACUUCAUAAAAUGCCACGAAAUGGAAAAUAACGUUCUCUGGGCACAAGUUGGCAAUGGUUACGUGGAUCACGCAUCGUGGGGACGUCCUGAAGAAAUGACAAUGGAGCGCCCUUCUGCUAAAAUCUCGCAGCAAGCUCCUGGAUCCGAUUUAGCUGCACAAACAGCGGCCAUGUUUGCAGCUGGCGCACUCGUUUUUCACGAAACUGAUGCUCAAUACGCUGAGAAUUUGUUCCUCCGUGCAAGAUCUCUUCUUGAUUUUGCAGCAACUUAUCAAGGAAAAUACUCAGAUUCAGUCCCUGCUGCACGCGAUUUCUACAACUCUUGGUCAGGCUACAACGAUGAAAUUGUUCUCGCCGGUGCCUUCAUCGCCAAAGCUUCACGAGUCAUAACUCCCAGUUCUUUCCAAGCGGACUUGAACAAGGCUUUGACCUUGGCAUCGACUUUUAGCAUCGGUUCCGGAAGUGAAUUUUCAUGGGAUGACAAAUCGGCAGCGGCGAAUCUGGUCAUGUACGAAGUUCUUUCAGCAGAUAAUCAAGCAAAUCAGGCUUCAACUUUUGAAGCGAAAUUUUCCGGUUUUGUUCAAGCACUCAAUUCGAAGCCUAAAACUCCUGGAGGGAUGGUUCAUAUUUCUGAGUGGGGAUCGGCCAGACACGCAGCCAAUGCAGCCUUCUUGAUGAAGACCGCAGAGUCAAUUGGUCUCAAUUCUGGAUAUGGAACCUGGGCAGAAGGGCAGCUGAACUACCUCCUUGGUCAAGGACCAAGCGGAACACCGAUUGUCAACGGCUCUCCUGGCUCUCUUCUUAUUGGACACGGGUCAAACUUCCCGAAUACUCCUCAUCAUCGCUCGAGCUCAUGCCCUCCUUAUCCCCAGCCCUGCGGAUACGACAUCAUCAACUCCCCCGACUCCAACCACUGGACUCUCCAUGGAGCUCUCGUCGGCGGCCCUCGAUCACCUACGGACAUUUUCAACGACGACCGAAGCGAUUAUGUAACCAAUGAAGUCGCAUUAGAUUACAAUGCUGGCUUUCAAGGACUACUGGCUGCGUUUGUCCAGUAA